AUGGAGACAGCUCCCGCGAGCGGCUCACAAGGCAAAUCAAGCCACUCGCUGUUAACUACAAAAGCUGCCCGGUCACCAACAUGCCAAAGUGACCAGGCUGAAGAGGAGAGGGCGGGCGGCAGGAGGUCCUGCUCCCCAUCGUGUUCCUCGUGCUCACGACGGUCGGACAUGACAGGGGGGGCUGCUAUCCAACCCCUAAUAUUUAAAGAUAUAGAAAGGGCUACAGAGAGCCCAGAAGAAGCUGAAAUGGAGGGUGCUCCAAACAUAUUAAUGUUUUCUCCUCAGCAACAGAGAAAUAAAAACAUUGCCACCACCAAGAUGGCUGACACUCAUGAGCCAGUAAUUGCCACAACCAAGAUGGCCACUCUUAAUUCAGAAGGUGUUGAAGCCUCAACCUAG